UGACUUUUGUAGCUAGAGAUAAAUUUUUACAAUGCAAAAUCAAUUUCCAUUUUAAUUGAUUUUAAUAUUUUGAAAAGAAGUACAAAUAAAUUAAAAAAAUUAUACUCUUUUUGUUUAGUUUAAUACAUAAACAAUCAUGAAUGAUAACAAAUCCGCAGGACAAAAAUUCAGGGAACGUACUGAACGUUUACAGAAUUUGCACAAAUUACGAAAUGAAGCACGGAUACAAAAUCAUCAAGAAGUUAUUGCAGAAGAUGCUAGAAAUAAGUUACCUAAAAACUGGGAAUCAAGAAAAAGGCAAGCCGAAUGGAUUUUGGAAGAUGAAAGAGCAAAAGCUGAAGCUGAAUCAAGGGGGGAAAAUUAUGAACGUUUAAAACUGUUAGAUAUAUCAGCAAUUGAUGCUGAAAAAAUUGAGAAAAAAAAGAAGAAGAAGAACCCCGAUAUAGGUUUUGCUAGCUACGAAUCCCAAACAGCCCGACAAUACAAUAGACUUGUGAAAAGUAUGCCACCAAGAGAUAUGGAAAAAUAUGAACAACAAAAAAAAGAAUUAGGUGAAGCAUUUUAUGGCGGGCCAAAUACAGUUUUACAUAACAGAAUUAAAGACUCACCUUCAGCAAUAAAUAAUAUGGUUAAAGAUUUGGAACAACAAAUUGAAAGAAGAAACAAGUUUUCAAGACGACGAACCUACAAUGCUGAUGCUGAUGUAGAUUUUAUAAACGAAAGAAACUCUAAAUUUAACAAAAAACUGGAGAGAUUUUAUGGAGAGUAUACUGCUGAGAUUAAAGCAAAUUUAGAAAGAGGGACAGCCAUUUAGUUUUGUGACUAUGUUUUAAGUUUCAAUGUGUGUAUGUACAUAUUAUAUCUUUGGUUUUUUGGUAGAACAACUCAUUAUUUAAUUAUAAAAUUUUACUUAAUGCAAAAAUACUUAAAAUUUUUUACUCUUUGAAUUUCGAAUAAGAGCAUUUGAUUAUUUUAUUCAAAUUCCAGGAAAAUUUUAUUGCGAAACAAAAAUAUAAAAAUGAUGCUUAACUGUAGUUUUUUUAAUCAUUUGAAUUUAAUUGGGGUCGACAAAUUCAUGAAAACGAAGAAAAAAUAACAUAGAUAUAAUAGAUUAUUAUACUAAUGUUGAUUAAAAAUAUGAUAUUUCCUUGUACGAGUUGUAAUAAAAUUUAUAUUAUUAUUAGAUACAUAAAUAUAUGUACAUAUGUACAAUCAUUUGUAUUAUUCAUUAAUGGGAGAGCAGAAAAAUUUAAAAAAAAAUGUGUAUUAGAAGAAGCUAGGAUGUAAGAUAUUCUUUGAGUUUAGAACAAAUUAUUUCAUUACUACAGAUAUUAAAAUAACACUAGAUAAAAUUACAGGUAGAUAAAGAGUUUAGAAGGAAAUUUCACAGAUUUUUUUGCUUUUCAUUUACUCUAUACAACUGUAAAAUACUUUGUCUUGGAGUACAAGUUUCGUGGUAAUAUUAAUAUA